AUAUCAGUGGAGGGUGCAAGAAUGCAGUAGAAGCGUUCUCUGCUAGGAUUAGGGAGGAAGAAUUAUCUAUUAUCUAUCUAAAGCCCGAUUUACAAUAAUAGCGAGUAAUACUUCUAGCUCGGUUACAAGCGCACUCAGCACAUACUGUAGAAUAGGGGUGUUGUGUUCUCACCCAGCUGCACUGUUAAAACUGGACCGGAGCUGUUAAGAAUAAAGAAAUAAGGACUGAACAUGUCUGUGGUGGGAAUUGAUGUGGGUUUCCAGAACUGUUACAUCGCUGUUGCCAGGAGCGGCGGCAUUGAAACCAUUGCAAAUGAAUACAGUGACAGAUGCACUCCAGCAUGCAUUUCUCUGGCCUCUAAAAACCGGACCAUUGGAAAUGCUGCUAAAAGUCAGAUCAUAACUAACUUUAAGAACACGGUUCACGGCUUUAAGAAGUUUCACGGUCGAGCGGUUGAUGACCAAUUUGUUCAAGGGGAAAAAUCCAAGUUGCCUUACAACCUUCACAAACUGGACAAUGGCAGCACUGGAAUAAAGGUACGUUAUCUGAAUGAGGACAAGGUGUUUACCAUCGAGCAGAUGACUGCCAUGUUGCUCACCAAGCUGAAAGAAACGUCUGAGCAUGCCUUGAAGAAGCCUGUGGUGGACUGUGUGAUAUCUGUCCCCAGCUUCUUUACGGAUGUAGAAAGGAGAUCCCUGAUGGACGCAACUCAGAUUGCUGGGCUGAACUGCUUGAGGCUGAUUAAUGACACAACAGCAGUGGCCUUGGCCUAUGGCAUCUAUAAACAGGACUUGCCAAACCCAGAGGAGAAACCCCGUAAUGUUGUGUUUGUUGACAUUGGGCACUCAUCUUAUCAAGUCUCCAUUGCUUCCUUUAACAAGGGGAAAUUGAAGGUGUUGGCUACAGCAUUUGACCCAUAUUUGGGCGGACGCAACUUUGAUGAGUUGCUUGUGGAAUAUUUCUGCGGAGACUUCAAAAACCGUUUCAAACUCAAUGUUAAAGACAACCCAAGAGCCCUUCUAAGGCUCUAUCAGGAGUGUGAGAAACUGAAGAAACUCAUGAGUGCAAACUCUUCUGAUCUCCCUCUCAACAUUGAGUGCUUCAUGAAUGACAUCGAUGUCCAUGGGAAAAUGAACAGGGUGCAGUUUGAAGAGAUGUGUGCUCAGCUCUUGAUGAGAGUGGAGGCGCCACUGAAAUCGGUCAUGGAACAAUCAAAGCUUAGCAGAGAUGAGAUCUAUGCCAUUGAGGUGGUGGGCGGAGCCACCAGAAUCCCGGCCAUAAAGGAGAGAAUCUCAAAGUUCUUUGGUAAAGACAUCAGCACCACGCUGAACGCAGAUGAGGCUGUAGCACGUGGAUGUGCGUUACAGUGUGCAAUCCUGUCUCCAGCCUUCAAAGUCCGAGAGUUCUCCAUCACAGACGCAGUCCCCUUCCCGAUUACUCUGCGCUGGAAGUCUCAGACAGAUGAAAGUGUCGGCUGUUCAAUGCUCCUCGUUUAUAAAGAAUAUUCAAAACGAGAAAAUAUAUUCAGCACUAAUAAAAUGCAGGUGGACCAGGAAGGCCAAGGAGAACAGCCCACUGAAGAGGAAAAGAUGAAUAACUCUGGCAAUAAGGAUGGUGAUAAACAAGAUCAAGGUGCAAGCAGUAGCAAAGCCAAUACAAAAGUGAAGAGUGUUGAUCUGCCCAUUUGGGCCAACACCACCCGACAGCUGGAUCAAGAUGUGCUCAACAACUUUGUUGAUUAUGAAAAAAAAAUGAUCAUACAAGACAAGCUGGAGAAGGAGAGAAACGAUGCUAAAAAUGCUGUGGAGGAGUAUGUUUACGAAGUGCGAGACAAACUGUGUGGCAUCUAUGAGAGAUAUGUCACUGAAGAUGAAAGUAACCGACUCACUAUAAUGCUUGAGGACACAGAGAUCUGGCUGUAUGAAGAAGGAGAAGACCAGGAGAAAGAUAUCUAUCAGGACAAACUGUCUGAACUCAAAAAGUUUGGUGAGCCCAUUGAAGAACGGUACAGAGAGCAUGAGGGUCGACCCAGAGCGUUCGAUGAGCUAGGCAAGAAAAUUCAGCUUUUUAUGAAGGCGGUGGACAUGUAUAAACAGAAGGAUGAGCGCUACCAGCACUUGAGCGCCGAGGAGAUGAGUGUUGUUGAGAAGAGUGUGUGUGAAGCUUUAGGCUGGAUGAAUACAAAGAUGAACGCCCAGAGCAAACUUACAGUUGCUCAAGACCCAGCAGUCAAAGUAGCAGAGAUCAUUCAGAAGAUUCAGGAGUUAGAGGAUGUUUGCCAUCCUGUCUUCAACCGACCCAAACCCAAAACCGAGGAGCCUGUAGAAGAGGGAGACAAAAACAAUGGGGCACAUAACGGCCCCGCAGCACAGCAAGGUGCAGACAGCAAAGGCAAUCAGCAGAUGAAGCCUCCGUCUGGAGAGAUGGAGGUGGACUGAGCUCUUCCUCACUCAACCAUCUAAUUCUGCUGCCAUUCUCACUUAAGCCACUAUUAAACCUUUUCAACUUACACUGAACCGAUAGCUGGAACCAUUCUCUUUGUGUCCACCACUCAGUUGGCUGUAUUUGUGCAUCUGUUUGUAGACGUCUGCUCCUCUGUUGGUUUUCUCUUGUACCUAUUAAGGGACUGGGUCAGGCUGUCCUUCAAGUGUUGCAGCUGUAUUGGAAACACAGUCCGGGAUUGGACAUCCACAGUAGGAUCAUAUAGAAUAGAUGUAGUUCAAUAGCUGAAACGAUGCUGCCGCUCUUAACAAAAAGCUAUCCCUAAAACAAUGUGAUGCAUUCUGGGAGACCCAAAGGCAUUCUUGAGGUGAAUCAUAUCACUUGGUAACUUGUUAUGGGAACAUGAAUUAAAAUACUGUCUGAUCAAUCGUUAAGAUUGAGGGAAAAGAAGCAAAUAUGUAUGCAAUACAUAUAAAUAUAUGGUUUAUAUUUGUAUUUAAUAUAUACAUUUCUAAAGGAUGUGUUGUCUAGAGCCUGUAAAUAUUCUUUUAGUAAUUUGAAUUUAUGGGUGCUUAGAUAUAGGUACACUCCUAUUGUUGACAUUGCAAUGCUUUCAGCUCCGUAGUGUCAUAUGAAAGUAGAAUGUUUUGAGCAGGUCAUUCCUUUUUCCCCCAGUUUUCAUGCAGUCCCAUAUCAAGUCUUGAGGUUUGAUGAUCACAAAUAAUAAAACAUGCCUUUAUGACUGAA